CUGUGAUAGUUGUUAAAGAUACGCUAUACCUGCCAUUUUCAGCUGAAAAUUAUUUCUAUGAAAAACAAAAGAAACGGCAAUACAAAGUGGUUUAAGAGUAGAAUGUAUUUAUUUGGAUUAUUUGGAGAUGGUCUGCGUCAUGAUGUAUGCAUUGUUUGAUCAUAUAACGCUAAAAGUUCUUUUUUUCCUUAUAGUCACGUAACCAAGAUAAAAAAAAAUUGUAGUUUGUUUCAUAAGUACUAAGAAUUUCUGUCUCAAUAGAAAAAAAUUGGCGACGUCUCCUGGGCGGUCACAGUCGAUGGGAUUCGAUUGUUCGAUUCCGUUCGGUUCCCGCGGGCCCAUUCAUCACGACACCCGAAAAUCGGCGAUCAGUGUUUCCGGUACAGGCACAUUGAUCGGACAUGACCAAUGACAUAAAAAUAAUGAAAAUAUAAUAAUUUUUAUGUUAUAAAGCACGGUGACCAACAGUUGCUAUAUCAUAUUAUAACUAUUUAAGGACAAAUCGUGCACAUCCUAUAUAACCGUGUCAAGUAUCGACUGCAGGCAAACGUAAUAGUCUACUUAUUGUAAUGGAUUCGUGGCUGUCGGUGGACGUGACAACGGCCAAUGUCCUGUCCAGAGACAAUCGAGGAUCCGUCCGAGGAGUCAAGACGACGAUCGAAAAAUUGCCGGAUAAAGUUUUGCUGAACAUAUUUUCAUACCUGAGCCACAAAGAAAUAUGUAGUAUGUCAAGAGUGUGUAGAAAGUGGCGCACAAUUGCAUACAACACGUCUCUGUGGUACAGUGUAUCUCUGAGACCAGAAAUAUCGGGACUCCACGUCACGUCUCUGGACUUUCUGUUGUCUCUAAUCAGUGUGCGAUUCGGCUCUUCUUUGCGCUACAUCGAGCUGCCAAUCGAGCUUAUAACGCACACAGUCUUGCACGAACUGGCCAAUAGGUGUCCAAAUCUCACACAUAUGCUACUCGACUUCUCGACCGCUAUGCAGUUACACGAUUUUAGCGAGCUCCAAGCGUUCCCCACCAAGUUGAAAUAUCUCUGCGUGUGCCUAUCGGAAGUGAUCUUCAUGGAAGGGUUCAUGAGAAAGAUUUACAACUUCAUCAACGGGCUGGAAAUAAUCCACCUGAUAGGUACGUAUGAAAAAGUCGAAGAGGAAGAGGAAGAGAUCUACGAAGUGAUAAACGUGCACAAGCUUAAAUCGGCGACGCCUAACUUAAGAGUCAUAAACUUAUAUGGGAUUAACUUCAUCGACGACAGUCACAUUGACGCGUUCAGCUCCAAUUGUAUACAACUGGAGUGUCUGGCCGUGAACUAUUGCUCCAAGGUCACGGGAUCUACACUGAAAACGUUAUUUCAGAGAAGCAAAAGGCUCAGGUGCCUUUUGAUGAAUCAAACGAAUCUCAUCAGCGAGUAUUUAAUGCAAGUAGAAUGGGAAAAAUCUUCGAUUCAAGAAUUAGACGUAUCUGGGACCGAUCUCUCUACCGAAUGCCUAAUCGAUAUGUUAGUUCGGAUACCGAAUUUGAAGUUUUUGAGCGCUGGCCAAUUAAAUGGAUUCAAUGACACUGUGUUAAGUACGUUCAUGGAACAGGGUAACGUCAGGAACCUGAUCGCGCUAAACUUAGACUAUUCGGACAAUUUGUCGGACGAGGGACUUUAUAAAUUUUUGUCCCGUUAUGGACAUCAACUACAGGGCCUUUCUUUGGCCGGCAUGCCACAUAUUACCGAUCAACUGUGGAACACGGUCCUACCAGUUCUCAACAAUGUCAUAAUUAUGGUUAUGGGAACUCAAGAGAGAUUAUCUGGUAACGUACUAGUAGAUCAACUUAUGGAUGGUAUAGCUACAAAUUGCCCAAAAUUAGAAAGACUCGAAUUGAAAUGGGAUCCAGAUAAUUUAAGAUUUUCGGAUAAAAGCCAAAAAGCGAUUGAUAUUUUUCGAGUAAAAUGUUUGAAACUCAAAUGCUUGGUUUUAAGUGAUGGAAGGUAUUACGAAAUAGUGAAAGCAAACUUCGAACGAGCAGAUAGACUAACGGUGGUUAGAACCACUACAUGUUGUAGUGUCUCCAAUUAUUACCUACUACAAAAUUACAGAGAUUUAAUAUUUAAUUAAAUCCAGAUCAUUUAUAAUUUAUAAAAUUAAU